AUGAAGCCGGCUAGAAACGCAGAGUACAGCAAACAGGAGUACUGGGACCGGCGUUACAUGGAGGAGGAGCACUAUGAUUGGUUCCCCUCAGUGUAUCCCAUGUGUGUCGCAGCAUCCUUUGAGGCCGUUGAGGCUGUCUAUCGUGUGCAGCACGGCACAAGGGCAUUCGACGGCACGCUCAAGGUGUUGCACCUUGGUACUGGUAACUCCACCCUCUGCGCCGACAUUCGCGCCGCUUACGAGGCAAAAUAUCCGACGGAAGAUUCAAGGCCCUACCGACUCGUCCAGGUGGCCACUGACUACUCCGCUGUUGUCAUCGAUCACAUGAAGGCCAAGUACAGUUCAGCUCAUCCGCUGGUAGACGUACACUGGGAGGUGGCUGAUGUCCGAGAUCUCAGUCGUGUGCGAGAACAGUUUGGUCCUUUCUUCGACGUGGUGCUGGACAAGGGCACCAUGGACGCGCUACAGGCCGACAAAGCAAAUGAGAGUAUGGAGGACAACAUUGAACGGAUGCUCUGUGAGGUGAACAAAUGCGUUGAGGGCGCAAUUGGGACCCGCGUGUAUCGCGUGUUUGUGCAGAUCACGUGGGAAAUUCCCUACUUGCGCCUCCACUACACCACAAAGAAUCCCACGCACACCUUUGCCUGGGGAGCCAAUGCCACCUACCGUUUUCUAGGUGAAAGUGACAUGUACAGAGUGUACAUGUACGAGGUAUCCCCGCCCUCCUCCGAGUAG